AUGCGCGACGCUCCUAAAGAAAUCCUGGAGUCAUGGCCGGCGCCAGACCAUCAGAACCCGGAGAGGCAGGGUCCAGGACUCCUCAUCAUACAGCUGAUAUUCUGUCCGCUGGGAAUCAUCUCGGUCCUGGCGAGGUUGUAUGUGAGGACGGUCAUGGUCCGACGAGCCGGGUUGGAUGACUGGCUGAUGUUCACUGCCAUGGUCAUAGGUGUCGGGGUCACGGUGACAGUGAUCCUGGCAACUGAGCUGUACGGAUGGAACAUCCACGUCUGGGAUCUGACUCCAUCGCAGGCUACUCUGGGGCGCAAGGCGUCCAUCUCCGCGCAAACGCUGUUCGUCAUUGGCUCCGGGCUCGUCAAGUCAUCUAUACUUAUUUCGUAUUUGCGGAUAGCACCACUUGACUCGUGGUUCAGACGACUGACGCAAUGCUCGAUCCCGCUGGUGGUGACGUUGAUCAUGGUGUUCUUGAUCGCGCUAUGGACACAAUGCAUACCUCCAAGCGCGUAUUGGGAUAUGCACAGCGGGGGGAAGUGUAUAAAAGAGGGGCCGCCGCUGAUAGCACAAUCCAUUAUUGCCGUCCUCGCGGACAUCCUCGUCUACGUACUUCCCUUCCCCACGCUGUACCACCUCCGCCUCCCCUUCAGCCAGCGAUUCGUCCUCUUGAUCAUCUUCUCAUGUGGCAUCAUCGUGAUCAUCGCGGGCUGCAUGCGGACCUAUUGGGUGAUACAAGUGGUGGAUGAGACAUACGACGUGACUUGGGACGGUUUCCGGAUGUGGACAUGGACGGCGAUCGAGGUGAAUCUGGGUGUCAUCUGCGGCUGCGUGCCGACUCUGCGGCCACUCUUCAAGAGAUCAAAUGGCGUUGCGGCGGAGAGGACUCGUAAGGCGAGUGCCGCAUCAGGAAUGUCUGUCGGGGUUCUGCCACAUGAAAGGGGGGUGCGAACCAGAAGAAAGAAGCUAUCCUGGCUGGAGAGUCUAGGACAAGAUGAGUGCCAAAGCUGUGGAGGGUCGAAUUCAGUACUGUGCCAGCAACAUGAAGUGGAACUGGACGAGGGAAGGGUGAGCAAAGCGGCUGGUGUGUAA